GCAAUAAAGGUUUAAGGUAUUAGAAAGGCUAAUUUUAUAUUAAAUCAUUCAUAUAACGCGCGCAAUAACAUGAAAAUAUGGCGGCCAUCGAAGUAUCGAAAUAUCGAUUCUCGACCUAACCUCACUUCAGUCUCCGCUAGGUGCGCACGGAGUUAGUGUCGCUUUGUAGUGGUAGAGGAAACGAAGUAACUGAGAGUAAGACAGAGCGACGGACAGGUGUUUUUUGCGUUGUUAUACAUUUUUUUCGAAAGUUCGCGACUCUUGUAAAACUGUUAAGAUUAUUAUAAUACCUGUAAAUAGAACGGUACCAUAAGAGUUGACUGUUUAAUCGACAAGCGCGCACGCGCCGCUUUCCCCUCGCUCUCACAAUAUACUCCGCGCGUAACCGCCGCCAUAGUUGAUAUUUCUCCGAUAGAAUAUUAAUAGCAGCGUAAGUUUUCGCGGUUAAACGUAUUUUUAUUUACUAACUGGAAAACAAGAAUGCGUUCGACGAGGGCGGUGAGACGAGGUCAUUCAAGAUAAAGCUGGGAUCCGUAGGAAGAAGGAGGGUGUCUACUUUCACAGCUCGUGGUUUUCAGGAGAGUGGCCUGGCAUUGCGGCGCUUCGAGUUAACGUGUGGCCACCGUCGGGUGGCUAUGUACCGUUAGCUCGAAUUCAUUCCCCGUUGGCCGGCCCAAGACCCACGCUUACCUACCGACCGGGGCCAUACUCGAUCGAACUCGACUGUCGUAAACCCGGAAAUGAGUGCGCGUCGCGGCUUGCCGUUACCGCAGGAAGACUGCCAGUAGUGCGCGAAUUUAUCACGAGUCACGACUCGUCGAUCAUCAAAGACACGUUCAUUUGGACAUGCGUCUCGUAUGACGUGUGCACCGUAAGCAGUAGCCGUGGCUAACUAGAGAGCCGUGGCACGGCGAACGUAUACGUAGAAAUGAGAAAGUUGCUGCCGCCGCGGUGAAGAUUGAGAACGACGCAGGCGAGCCAGCCAGGCGGACGGUCUCUGUACUACGCGAAGCUUCCGACGCAGCGACAGUAGUAGCAGUACGCCGAAAGGAGUGCACAAGGGAGCCACAGCUGCUCGUGGAUUUAAUUAUAGUGGAAGAUGAAUUUCACGCCUUUUCCCGGCUUUACAACAGGCUCGCUACCGACGGGCACGGUUCAUCAGUUUGCAACCGCUAAAUUUACCCAAAACCUACCCACUGGUGGUCAGGUCGUUGGCGUUUUAUCCGGUGGCGAAGGUGGAGUUCAUUAUCUGAGGCCGGUCGAUCCGAACGGGUUCGCAGUGGCUCAAGGUGGUAAUAAUCAACAGCAGCAAAUUAUUACGCUGCCAAUCACUGUACCUGGAAAAGAUGGCACGCAACAGCAGCAAACCGUCCAAAUCCAGGUGGUCAAUCCCAGUGUAUCGCAAAGUGGAAAUAGCGGUGAUCAACCCAAGUAUCAUUUGGCCCCAAUCUCUUUGGGACAGUUUCCUCAGGGUGCAGCAACAGUUCUUACCGUUGCGUAUAGUCAACAAGGCGCAGAUGGAGUACAGAUUCAAGUGCAACCACAAAACACCGUGGCUACGACGCAAACAUCCGAUCAAACGACUCAGAGUACGUCCACGGCAGUUACCACCACAUCCCAACAAACUAUUCAACAAACAGUGCAACUACCAGGAGCACCUGAAGGAUUAACCGUCGUCGCACAGAUUCCACAAGACUUGAUUUUGCGCGAAGGUAUGGAAGAAUCGAAAGAAGAUGUAAAGGAAGGAACAACUCCAGUCGCUCUCAUUAAGAGGGGUAGCAUUAAAAAUCAAGGGAAUCAAAGUGGAGAAGAAUAUAUUACAUCUAUGCCCGCAAGCUGGCAAAGUCUCGCAACUCCAGGAUCAACUGUUGCUGAUUAUCUUUCUAGAUUACCCGCUAGUACCUUGCCCCUUAGUUUACAGCAUUUCUUAAAAUUUUCUGCAGAAACAAUAAAGAGAGAAGCUACUAUUGAGUCGAGUCCUUUAGGGACUGAUGGUUUAGAUGCAUCUGGAAGCACUGCAUCUGGUGAACAAGCUGUGCAGAUUACCGUAGCAAGCGGGGAAACCGCUAUCAUUCCUGAUGUUGUUGAAGAACAGGAACCCGGUACAAAACCUAAGAGAAAAAAGAAGUACAAGAAAAAACCUCCAAAACCAAAAAAACCGAAGCCAGGUCAAGUGAGCAUAGUUACUGCUCUCGAUGGUACGACGCUAUUUUGUUGUCCUCAAUGUAACAUGGCUUAUCCUGAGAAAGAACUUUUGGAACAACAUCUUAUUGGACAUAAAAUAGAAAGAAGGUUUAUUUGUGACAUUUGUGGUGCAGGUUUGAAACGUAAAGAACAUUUAGAACGGCAUAAAUUGGGUCACAAUCCAGAUAGACCUUUUAUUUGUUCAGUUUGCAUGAAAGGUUUUAAACGAAAAGAGCACUUAAAUCUUCAUUUUGUUAUACAUUCUGGACAGAAAACUGAGGUUUGUACCGAAUGCGGUAAAGCAUUUUAUCGCAAAGAUCACUUGAGGAAACAUGCUAGGUCUCAUUUGGCAAAACGUAUCAAAGAAGAUCCUUCGAAUAUUGCCGAUACUUCCCAAAAUUCGCAACAACCAACAGAUCAGCAACAGCAACAGGCGGAACAAUUGCAGCAACAAGCAGACCAAUUACAGCAACAAUCAUCAGUGUCUGAAUUACAACAGAUUCAAAUACAAGUAGGCCAAGGAUCUCAGGCACAGAUUCACCAGAUAGCCGUUAGUGAACAGUCCACGGUUGUUCUUCCAACUGCUGCAGAAACUGGUGCAAUGGCUAUGCUUCAUCAUCAACAACAACAGCAGCAACAACAGCAGCAGCAGCAACAGCAGCAGCAGCAGCAGCAACAACAACAACAACAACAACAACAACAACAGCAGCAGCAGCAGCAACAGCAGCAGCAGCAGCAGCAGCAAAUGAAUUUCCCGCCGUUCGGAAGUCAUUUUCCCGGUACUAUUCCAAGUAUUCACCAGUUCGCAACCGACGGCUCCGGCGGUGCAGGCGGACGUUACGCUAAUCAUUUUCCCAACCAGCCUCCAAUUGGAGUGCCGGUUAUGGGAAAGUACCGUCCUGAAAGCAACGGCGUGCAAUCUGCUCAGUCACAAGUGAUGAUGAACAAUAAAGCAAGCUAUCCCAACAGCAAUGUUCAUCAUUACCCAAAUGUGCCAUAUUCCCAAGCCCAACCAGUUCAACAGCGGCCCUCUAAUUCGCCUGGAAUGCCAGAGAAGCGUUCGUAUCAUCAGCAAGCAACCGAAACUAUAAAUCAACAAGAUGUUUGCAAUCUCCUACAGGAUAAAGAUAAAAAUAAGGAGAAAAAAGCAGAUGAGCAACAGCGCAAUGGAGAAACAGCAACAAAUGGUAGCCAACAAGAUUAUACAAUGCAUCAACAUCAUCAGCAACAUGCUCAUACUCAAACUCCUGCAACUAUGCCCGCUACAUGGCAAUCUUUGGCUACCCCUGGAUCCACAGUGGCAGAUUAUCUCAGUCAUUUACCAGCUAGUACUUUACCAUUAAGUUUACAUCAUUUCUUAAAAUAUUCUGCAGAAAGCAUUAAGAAAGAAUCAGAAAUGGCACAAACCACAUCAGUAGCUGUAGCGACUACGACAACACCUAAUAUAAUGAUGUCACCAAACAACAAAAAGAAGAAGAAGAAGAAGGCUCCUAAAGAAAAGAAACCACGUCCAAAACCAGGAGAAAUUCGCUUAACUACAGCUCUAGAUGGCUCUACAUUAUAUUGUUGUCCAGAAUGUCAUAUGGCAUACCCAGAACGUGAAUUAUUAGAACAACAUCUUCUGGGACAUACUUUAGAACGAAGAUUCGUUUGCGAUAUCUGCGGUGCAGGUCUUAAGAGAAAGGAUCAUCUUACACGUCAUAAACAAAGUCACAAUCCCGAACGUCCUUACGUUUGUACCGUUUGUUUAAAAGCUUUCAAAAGAAAAGAACAGUUAACGUUACAUUUUGUUAUACAUUCUGGUGAGAAGCGACACGUGUGCACAGAAUGUGGAAAAGGGUUUUAUCGUAAAGAUCAUUUAAGGAAGCACACUCGAAGCCACAUUGCAAGGAGGGUGAAAGCUGAGCUGAGUCAAAAUGCUGGUACACAACAAAAUCAACAGCAAAAUAACGUUUCAAAUAUGCAGACUACAGCUGUCACCGCAUCAUCUGUUCUAUCUGGUGGACAUCCAGGACCUCUCCUAUCCUGAGCCCCGCCACCAGGGAACUUUCAAGUUCCCCAUCCAAAUAAUAUUCUUCAUUCGCAUACGUCUCAUCAUUCAUUGCAUCAUCAUCAUUUGACGGCCGUUAAUGUGGCGCAUCAAUCGAGCGUCACGCCACUUGCUACGUCCAGCCACUAUCAAACGCACGACCUCAGUUUUUUGGGACACGUUAAAGAUUUCUGAGAGCAGGGGAAGACCUCGAUUAAGAGGUAACAAAACUGAUAAAUUAUAUGGGCACUCUUAGCCAGUGAGAGUUGAUUCAAUCGCUUUUCUUAAU